GAGCGCCGCAGCGACGGCUUGUCGUUGUUUUGCUUCGCCUGGACCCCACGUCGUGGCUACGACGAGCAGCUGCUGACAGAAGUGCGAAAGCAAUACGCGAAAUGCGACGGGCAUGUGUUCUACACCGACAAAGACAGUGGUGGGGACGAGGAUCCCGACUUCGUUCGGGUGGAGCUGCCUGCGCAGAAAGUCUCCCGAAGCGACAAGGGCUGGCUCUACCACAGGAACAUGGUGGGUCUCAUGCCUGCCUGGUCGCAUCUCCUCAGCUCCAGCUUCGUCGAUGCCCACGACUGGUUCAUCAACAGCGAGCUUGAUCACUUCCUGAGCCCAGCGAGGGCCCGGAAGAACAUUGCUCAGUACAUGGAGGUGGCGCAGGCGCCGGAGGAUGUGCCGAUCGUCCUGAUGUGGGGUAACGCUUUC